AAAAAACAGUCGAAGCCCGAGCCCAUUCAAAUACCAGCCACAGUUUCUCUUGAUCCACAAAAAAAAGAAAAAAAAAAAUUGGAGGGAGAACUGAGAAGAGGGAAACCAAAAAACCGGUGAUGAGGGCUUUUGCUUUGCUUCACUCCGCUCAUCUCAUGCAUUAGCUAUUUCCCUCACACCUGUAAGAAUCGGAAAACUCUCUCAUCUUCAAAAUUCAUGCAUUUAGGUCAACGGUUGAUUGGUUGGAGUUUUUUGUUUUGUUUUGAAAAAGUUCAAGAAUUUUAUUGCUUUGACCUUGGCUAGUAACUGAUUUUUCAAUUUGGGGUAACGAAGUUGUGGCUUCAGUUUAAUGCUAGUAGAAUAGAAAGAUGGAAGAAAAUCACGAGGAUGUAGAAGAUGUUGAAAGUUCAUCUAGUGAUUCUUUUAUUGAUGACUCUGAAGAUGACGAUGGACCCUCUACGUCUGGAAGAAAUGAUGAUGAAUUUCAUCCUGAGGAACCAUUAGCCGAGGAAGAAAUAGAGGAUCUUCUUGCUGAGUUUUUGGAGGUUGAGAGUAAGGCUGCAGAGGCUCAAGAAACACUCGAGAAGGAGUCUCUUGCCAAAGUAGAGAGUGAAGUUAGGGAUGAAUUAGCACAAGCUCUUCAUGGUGAUGAUUUGGAAACGGCUGUUGCAAAUGAAAUGGCUACUUUUAUAGAAGAGUGGGAAGCUGUGCUAGACGAGCUUGAGACAGAGAGUUCACAUUUGUUGGAACAACUUGAUGGGGCUGGCAUUGAACUACCAAGCAUUUAUAAGUGGAUUGAAAGUCAGGCUCCUAACAAUUGCAGCACCGAGGCUUGGAGAAGACGGAUACAUUGGACAGGAUCUCAGGCGACUGGUGAUUUCACUGAGUCAAAAGCUCACGCUGAGGAGUUCUUGCAAACCCACAGACCUGUAAGAAGACGACAUGGCAAACUAUUGGAGGAGGGUGCUAGUGGGUUUUUGCAAAAGAAACUAGCUGCAGAUGGAAGUAAGGAGACUGUAGCAGAAAAUUCAGAAGUCGAUUGGUGUUCUCUGAACAAAUUAUUUUCAGAUGGUGCCUCCGAAAAUUCAGGAACUUGUGGUUCAUUUGGCAGUAAGCAUUGGGCUUCUGUUUACUUGGCCAGUACGCCGCAGCAGGCUGCAGAAAUGGGUCUUAAAUUUCCUGGUGUCGACGAGGUGGAGGAAAUUGAUGACAUUGAUGGCAGUUCAAUUGACCCAUUUGUUGCUGCUGCUGUUGCAAAUGAAAAAGAUCUUUCUCUUUCUGAAGAGCAAAAGAAAAAUUAUAGGAAGGUUAAAGAAGAGGAUGAUGCAGAUAUUGAUCGGAAGCUUCAAAAUCAUUUGAAACGGAGGAGAUAUCGGAAGAGAUCUAAACAGAAAACUUCAGAAGAUGGAGAAACUCUGCAUAACAAUGAGAGUGGAAUUGCAUGUCAGAGUUUGAAGACUGAUUUUCCAGAAGGUUUUGAAACUUCAGAUGGUGACAAGGGAUGCUCAACAAGUAAUGGCACUUCUGCAGUACCUUCUGAGUCUGUUUUACCUGAUUCUACUGAAUGUAGAGGGUCCAAGCGUCUUAUUGAGACUGAGGAACUGGAUAUUGAGAAUAAGAGAAGUCGAACUGUUGUAUUAGACAGUGAUGAUGAAAUUCAGGUGAAGGGUUCAGUUUUCAGUGCAGCUGAGGUAGAGGAUCAAUCUGAUUUAAAGGAUACUGCUGGUGAAUCUGCUGCUGAUGCUUCUUCCCAGAAUCUGAAUGAAAAGUUCCACUGCACAGCUUGUAAUGAGAUUGCUGUUGAGGUGCAUCCACAUCCACUUCUGAAGGUGAUUAUUUGUGCUGAUUGCAGAUCCAUAAUGGAAGAAAAGAUGAAAUCAAAGGUUUUUGAUUGCACUGAAUGUUAUUGUGGAUGGUGUGGAAGAAACAUUGACUUGGUCAAUUGUAAAUCAUGCAAGAAUUUAUUCUGCAUGACUUGUAUAAAAAGAAAUAUUAGUGCUGAAUGCCUGUCUGAGGUCCAGAUGUCCAGUUGGCAAUGUUGCUGUUGUCGUCCAGGUCUUCUUCAGAAGUUGACAUUGGAAUUAGACAGAGCAUUGGGCAGUGGAAAAACUAUUGUUUCUAGCUCUGAAAGUGAAUCCGAUAAUUCUGAUGCAGAUCAUUUAAAUGUUUCUGUCAGUACUAAGAGGAAGCGGAAAAAGAAAAUUCGGAGGAUCCUUGAUGAUGCUGAAUUGGGAGAAGAGACCAAAAGAAAAAUUGCAAUUGAAAAGGAACGCCAAGAGCGUUUGAAGUCUUUCCAUGUACAGUUUUCUGCCAAAUCUAAUGUUAUGAGCUCAGUAGGAUAUAAUGGGAAUUUGUCGGAAGAUGCUAGCACUGGAGUGCUCGGUGAUGCAUCAACAGGUUAUAUUGUGAAUGUUGUGAGGGAGAAAGGUGAAGAAGCAGUCAGAGUUCCCCCAAGCAUUUCUGGGAAAUUGAAAGUUCAUCAGAUCACCGGGAUCAGAUUUUUGUGGGAAAAUAUCAUACAGUCAGUCACAAAAGUGAAGUCAGGUGAUAAAGGCCUUGGUUGCAUUCUUGCUCAUACGAUGGGCCUUGGUAAAACUCUUCAGGUUAUAGCUUUUUUGUACACAGCAAUGAGAAGUGUUGAUUUGGGAUUAAGAACUGCACUUAUUGUUGUGCCUGUUAAUGUCUUGCAUAAUUGGCGGCAAGAGUUCUUGAAGUGGAGGCCUUCUGAAGUGAAGCCAUUGCGUGUCUUCAUGCUAGAAGAUGUAUCAAGGGAGAGAAGAGGAGAAUUGCUUGCUAAGUGGAGAGCCAAAGGUGGUGUCUUCUUGAUUGGCUACUCUGCUUUUCGGAACUUAUCAUUUGGAAAGAAUGUGAAGGACCGGAACAUGGCUAGGGAAAUUUGUUAUGCCUUGCAGGAUGGACCUGACAUACUCGUUUGUGAUGAGGCCCAUGUGAUAAAAAAUACUAAAGCUGAUGUAACCCAAGCUUUGAAACAAGUAAAAUGUCAACGGAGGAUAGCAUUAACCGGAUCACCUCUACAGAACAAUCUCAUGGAAUAUUAUUGUAUGGUUGAUUUUGUAAGAGAGGGUUUUCUUGGAAGCAGUCACGAGUUUCGGAACCGCUUCCAAAAUCCUAUAGAAAAUGGUCAACAUACUAAUUCAACUCUGGAUGACGUGAAAAUCAUGAAUCAGAGGUCUCAUAUCCUCUAUCAACAGUUAAAAGGCUUUGUGCAAAGAAUGGAUAUGAAUGUGGCUGCAAAGGACUUACCACCUAAAACUGUUUUUGUGAUAGCUGUCAAGCUUUCUCCCUUGCAGAGGCAAUUAUACAAGAGAUUCCUGGAUGUGCAUGGAUUUGCCAGUGACAAGGUCUCUACUGAAAAGAUUAGGAAGAGGAGUUUUUUUGCAGGGUACCAGGCCUUAGCACAGAUAUGGAACCACCCUGGAAUCUUGCAAUUGAAAAAGGAUGACAAAGAUUCAGUUAAACGUGAAGAUGCAGUUGAUAAUUUUCUUGCAGAUGAGAGCUCUAGUGAUGAAAACAUCGACUAUAAUAUGGUUUUUGAAGAAAAGCAGAAGAAUUCAAAUGUAGUUCCACCUGGAAAAAAUGACGAUGGCUUUUUCGUAAAGGAUUGGUGGAAAGAUUUUCUUCAUGAAACCAGUUAUAAAGAGCUUAAUUACAGUGGAAAAAUGGUAAUUUUACUUGACAUUAUAUCCAUGUGUUCUGAUGUGGGUGACAAGGCAUUGGUUUUUAGCCAGAGCAUACCAACACUUGACUUGAUAGAACGUUAUCUGUCAAAACUACCUCGACAAGGGAAGAAAGGGAAAUUUUGGAAGAAGGGAAAAGACUGGUAUAGGCUAGAUGGAAGAACAGAGAGCUCAGACAGGCAGAAGCUGGUUGAGAGUUUUAAUGAUCCCUCAAAUAAGCGGGUGAAAUGCACUCUGAUUUCAACCAGAGCAGGAUCUUUAGGGAUUAAUCUUCAUGCCGCUAACCGUGUAAUCAUAGUCGAUGGUUCUUGGAAUCCAACAUAUGACCUUCAGGCCAUAUAUCGAGCUUGGAGGUAUGGCCAAACAAAGCCAGUGUUUGCUUACAGAUUGAUGGCACAUGGAACUAUGGAGGAAAAAAUUUAUAAGCGUCAGGUUACAAAGGAGGGUCUGGCUGCAAGGGUGGUAGAUAGACAACAAGUGCAUAGGACAAUUUCCAAGGAGGAGAUGUUACAUCUUUUUGAUUUUGGAGAUGAUGACAAUCUUGACAACUUGACUAAUCUUGAUCAAGAGAAUGGGCAUGUAAAUAAAGAUACUACGGGUGCACAGGCUGCCAAGUUUCCCAAACCGAAAGUGCCUGCUUCUCAUGGAAAUUGCUCUUCUGACAAGCUAAUGGAAAGACUACUUGGCAAGCAUAGUCCACGCUGGAUCGCCAAUUACCAUGAACAUGAAACCCUUUUACAAGAGAAUGAGGAUGAGAGGCUGUCAAAGGAAGAGCAAGACAUGGCUUGGGAAGUAUUCCAGAGAACAUUAGAAUGGGAGGAAGUACAACGAGUUCCUCCCAAUGAGAAUACAGCAGCAGAUCAAAAGCCAGACGCACCAAAUAAUGCUCAGGAUGAACGUGAACCUGAUACGAGCAGCAACCUCACACAAUCAAACAUGAGAAAGCGUAGUGUGCCGCGGAAAUGCACUAAACUUGCUCAUUUGCUGACACUUAGAAGUCAGGGAACCAAAGUUGGUUGCAGUACUGUUUGUGGGGAGUGUGCCCAGGAGAUUAGUUGGGAGAUUUUGAAUCGUGAUUCUAAACCAGCAAAGUGAAGAAAAUGUCAUUGUGUUCUACCAAGGUAUAUAUGGCUACUGCUACCUUGAGUUCAAUGUCCUUUUGAACAUAGUUGUUCAUUAAGUUAUACAUUCUUUUUCCUCAAUUCUUUUUUUUUUUUUUGGUCUGAGGAGGAAGAUUAAAAAAGCUUUUCUUUUGGAAAAAAAAGGGUUGGGUGGUCAGUCUUACAGGACAGAUGGUUUUUGUAAUUGAUGGAUAUUUAUGAUUAUGAAAAUGAUAAGCAGAGCAAGAUAGCCUCUGCCCCUCCCUGUUGUAUAUAAAUUUUCACCUAUUAUAGACAAGAGCUUUUAACAUGUUACCAUUAAUCAAAUUUUAGUUGCGCAAUUGAUGACA